AACCGGCUCGCCGGCUGCGACCGGUUCAGUCGCUUCGUGCGCGCCCCGCAGGCUUGACGUGUCCGCGUUUGCUCGUGUGCCUAUUCCCUCGUCCUCAGGGAAAUGCAUUGCCGUGGUGUAACCAGUGUACGCGUGUGGUCGUACGUGUUUUCCUGUCGCAGUGUGGGCAGAGUGACGACUCGUCGGAAAAGCACUGCUUGUUUUAGCGAAGUGAAGUGAAAGUCCCCGCUAGGUGGUGUUUUUUUAUAACGUUGAGUGCCACGUUUGCUGCGGCAGGUGUGGAAGCCGGUCGCCGGGAGAGUGAUCGAGCUGCACACGGUUGCUGGAGAUACUGAGGCCCGCAGUGGCAGUUGACUGCGACAACUAACAGACAUGAUCAAGCGGCUGUGUGUGGCGCAGACAUGAUCAAGUGGCUGCUGUCCGACCUGGAGGGCGCGUGCGGCGCCGUCGACGACUGCAAGGUGUGGGACCACCUGGACCUGGGCGUGAAGACCGAGGCGCCCGGCUCGCCGCCGCCCGUGUGGGAGGAGGCGCCGCCGCCCGCCGCCCCCGUGUGGCGCAACUGCAUGUGGGGCGGGCGCUGCGGCUCGCACGACCACUGCGCCGCCGCCCCCAGGGCGCCUCCCUCGCCGCCCCCGCCCGCCGCCCCCAGGGCCGGCCAGAGCCUGCUCAAGUCGAGCGUGUUGCUGCGCGCGCAGCAGCCGUCGCCGCCGCCGUCCCCGCCGCCGCCGGGGGCGGGCGACUGCGAGCAGGAGAUGGUGUGGGUGAGCAUGCGCGACGUGGUGUGCGACGUGCGGUGGACGGCGUUCCCCGCCCCCGCGCCGCCUCCGCCGCCUCCGCCGCCGCCGCCCGUGACCUCGGUGCUGCAGGUGCACGAGGACCACAGCUACCACCUGACGCUCGCGCGCCACGACUGCCCCAUCAGCCUGGAGCACCUGGGCGUGCAGACGCCGUCCGACUCGGGCACGGACGAAGACUUCUUCGAGGACGAGAUCGUGGAGCUGCCCGACCUGGAUCCUGAAGAUGUUGACUUCUUUGGCCCAGAGAGUGUUUUCAAGGACAUUGCAGAGACGGUGGCGACUGAGCUGCGACCUGUUAAAAAAUCUGUCAGUGAUUCCGAAAGUCGCUGUCCCAAGUCUGAAUCUGAGGACGACGAGGAGGAAAUAGACGUGGUGUCGGUGGCCGUGGACAAGGCGCGCGCGCUGCCCACCAACCCCAGCGUGCGGGACCGCCACGAGCUGCAGCAGACCGUGGCGGACGCCGUGUGUCGUCGCGGGCGGCGCCGCCACCACCACCGCCACCACCGCCGCCGCCACCACCGCCACCACCGCCACCACCGGCGCGGCAGGCCCAAGAGGGUGCGCUCCGCCGAGCCCUCCGACGAGGACUACUCUGACGACGGCGACUGCAGCAAGCGCGGCCGGGUGCCGAGCUACAAGCGCAGCCUGCACAACAACCUGGAGCGGCAGCGGCGCAUCGACCUGUCGAACCUGGUGCGCUCUGUGCGCCAGCUGGUGCCGUCCAUCAGCGAGAAGGAGCGCGCGCCGCGCAUCGUGGUGCUGCGCGAGGCGGCCGACUACUGCCGCCAGCUGCAGGUGGAGGCGGCGCAGCUGGCCGCCUACAAGCAGGAGCUGCUGCGCGUCAACAGCAAGCUGCAGAGCAUGCACCAGCGGGCGCUGCACGACAUCCCUGCAGAGUCCCUCAGGAGCCUGCGGCACCACGUGACUCGCCGGCCCCCGGCCAAGAGGGGCCGCCGCCCCAAGGAGUAGAGGGCCAUCGAGCAACCUUGUGGACUUUCCUUGGGACUUGGCGUUUUCGUCUAACGUUACCCCAAUUCAUAUCGGUUUGCUUCCCUGAGCCUCUUGAAGUUAUAUUAUCGUGGGACUUGAUUUCGUAAUCUACCGUUUACCCAGCUCUUAAAAGUAUAUAUACUUCCUUGAAACAUGUCACGUGUUGGAACUGAUGAGAUUCCCUCAUGCUUUUAUCAGUUGACGUUUAAACUGAAAUGUUUUAGGUGGACUGUUGCUGUAAUUGCUGCCUUGAAACCUUUUUACAGCAUUGCUGCGAAUGACAAGUUUGCUAUUUGUUUGUUACUUUUACAACAUGUUACUUUUACAGUAUGUGACUAAGUGAGAAACUAUUUGUUACUUAUACAACAGUUGUACUAGGUGAGUAAACAAUUUUUUUUUUGUUGGAAAUGCUGUAAGCCAAAGUUCAGAGUGAUAGUGUUUAUUUGCUCAAGUUGAACUGCUAUUGAAGAUAGCCAGGACUGUAGAAAAGUUGCAGCCUUUCAUAUAUUAAAUAUUGCCUUCAUUAGUGAGUUUUCAACUUCAGGCUACAAGGUGUGUUCCAGAACAAUUUCCUGAAUUUUGAAAAGGUUUCUAAAGUUGACAAUAUUGGUUUUGUCUAAAUACUCUGCAGUUAGACAUCUUGUAUUUUUUGUAUGCUUCGAUGAAGAAGCUUAAUUAGUUUUGCUAUUCUUGUUAAACAGCCUUCUUAUAUGGACACUUUGUUUUUCCAAUUUUUGUAUAUUUUGUGUUAGUCCGUUGUAUCAUAUGUAAAUAUUUUUAUUUUCAUUGUUCCUUUCAAAUUUUGUUUACUGCGACCACUUGCCUCAAUGGUUUUGGAUACCUUUGUUACACAUGUUUCCUACAAAAUAUAAUGUGUGCUGUAAGGAAGUCUGGUUAUUAGCAGUUAAUUUUGUGGAGAAGUAUCUUAUUUUGGAGGUAUUUUUAAUUUGUAGUUCUUUUGAUAUUUAGAAUUGUAAUACAGAAACAUAUUUUUGGCCAAUCUUUUGGGGACAAUUGUUGUGUUAACCGUAAAGAAAAAAAGAUAGUGACUAAUCUCUCUCCUUUUAUUUUUGUUCAUUUUAAAAGUAUGCAACUAAAUUUUGUGUAUCUAUUGGCCUACGUAGAAAUUAGUGCAUUAUUAACAUUAUUUCUGGCCUGUGAUCAUAAAGCAUUAACUAUAAUUGGUGUAAUCUGGUAAUUGGACUUGCAGCGCUUAUUUUAUUGCGUGUGUAACCUAAAUUUAUAUUGAUGAAUUGAGAAUAUAUUAUCACAGAAUAAUUAUUAUCUUGUACAGCAAAAUCAAGGUGCUGUAGAAAUUAAAUGAAUGGUUAAAAUAAAAAAAAUUGCAUUGUAAAUUUGCUGAAUAUAAGUUUUGUUGAAUUAACUUAUCUCUUUUUAUAUGUAUUUUGACAUCAAAAAACGUGGGUCAAAUAUUCAACCAAAUUGAAUUAAUCUAAACAUUAUAUCAUCCAAAAAUAAAUGUAUAACUAAUUUGUUACUAUGUAUUUUGAUGUAAUUAAAUUUCUUUGGUUAGAAUUGUUACUUGGGAGAAGUAAAAUACAAAAUCAUUUGGAAUACUGUAAAAUUUUAUCAUUUUUGUGUGUUGACAGUAAAUACAUUUCAAAACUGA